AUGGUAUUAAGGGUUGAUCAUAGAGUGAGAUGUCGCACUCAUAAGGGAACUUCCUUGUAUAGCUCCAGGAAAUUAAUAUGGAACCUCCUCAUCAAAACCCUAACCCUAAUUUUACUCACUAUCAUUGAUUCAUUAUCGUCAUCGGACUUUGAGUUCUCAGAAUAUAUCGACGAUGUAUACAAGGAUGAUCAUUCUUCGCUGCCGAGUGUGGUGUCAUCAGAGAACAUCGGGGCCAGCUCAAUUACGGGGCAUAGUGUUGCAACAUCAAGAGAUACAACCAUGCAAUUAAAUAGUAUUUACAACCUUGGCAGGAAUUUCUAUAAAUGUGUAGUUGGGGGAUGCCAUGCGAAGAAGAGGGUGGAGAGGGCCAGAGAAGACUCAAGUUAUGUGAUAACACCAUAUGAGGGAAAGGACAGCCAUGAAAGCCCUGGUGUGGUCUAUGACAACCAGAUGUCCCCCAAUGCUUGGAAUUCUCCAGCAUCUCUUCAGGCUUCCUCUUAUUCUUGA